GGACGCGUCGUUUCAGCUGGCAUGAUGUGCCUUUUCAACCUCAUCUAGAAGGCUGGCAGACUUGACAGAAGAAGGAAGAACAAGAACUUUCAUGGAAGAUUUGUGGAAGCGUUAACACUUUAUAUUUCCGUCUCCGCACUGCAGAAGCAGUACUUCUCGAUGGGGAACGAAAAGAAGCACACGCAUUUUGAUUGCCUUCUUUUUGAUCUGGAUGAUACUUUGUAUCCUUUCAGCCUCGGUAUCGCAGAAGCAUGCAGGCAAAAUAUCGAAGAAUACAUGGUGGAUAAACUUGGCAUUGAUAAGAGUAUUGCAACUGAUUUGGGCCAGACUUUGUACAGAUGCCAUGGAACUACAAUGGCUGGACUAAGGGCAACAGGCUAUAACUUUGAUUACGAUGACUUUCACAAUUACGUACACGGCAGGCUACCUUAUGAUCUUUUGAAGCCAAAUCCCGAGUUACGAGAGAUGCUUCUGAGCAUGCCGCAACGCAAAUAUGUCUUCACUAACGCGGACAAGAAUCAUGCGUCUAAAGCUCUACACCGAAUGGGCUUAGAAGACUGUUUUGACACCGUCAUAUGUUUUGAAACAAUCAUGGGUCACGAGGGGACGGAUAUGAUAAAGAAAGCAACAGGCAAAGAUAAGCGCGUUGGGAGGCAGAGCUUGAAAAUGGUCGAAAGCUCGACCAGCGUGGCUGUGGUCUGUAAACCCGAAGCAAACAACACGGUGGCCGCGAUUAUCUGCAAGCCAUCGCCAGAGGCUAUGAAACGAGCUGUUGAGAUCAUCAACGUGGACGCUAAACGAGCUCUAUUCUUUGAUGAUUCCCCGCGAAACAUUGCAGCAGGAAAAGCUGUGGGUCUUCAUACUGUGCUGGUAAGAAAACUUCUUUCCUUUCAUUCUGGCUCGAGAUAUCUGGCUCUCGACUUAUCUCGAGCGUUACCUCAGGUUGGCAAUGUCACCAAGUGUGAAGGAGCAGACUACGCCAUUGCGAACAUCGUUGACGCAAGGAAAGAGGUUCCAAUCAUCUGGGACUGACUCGCCCUGCUAUGAAUUCACAGUCUCGAGACUCACAGGAAAACUGUUACAAACUGCAACAGCGUCCCUGUCACGGUCUUAUUUCGUCCAAGGACAAACCAUAGGGGUCUUACAGAUUUCUGGGAUAGCUCAUCCAGUCUCCACCAUGGACAGGCAUAGAACGAUCCACCUGGGGGCAGUGAUAGACAAACGCAGCUACUCGCUUUCCAGCUUCCGUCACGACUUCCACAACAUCACGGUCGAAUCCUUGGUGCUCCUCGGAGCUGUCACAGUGGUGGAGCAAGCUAGAGAGAUCACUGGGGUCGCUAGCAGACACUACGUAUCCUUUGACGGCAUUUCCAGGCUCGUCCAGGCUUACCGCAGCUUGCCUGAUGGAAGAGGCUCCUCUUCCUCGUGAAUUGACACAGAACAAUCGACCGCCGAGGAGCCAGGCCGCCUCGCCGCGGCUGCUGCUGCCUAGUCGGAGGCGUUGCGGGCCUCCGGCAUCGGGGCGGAGGUUGCCGUAGACGAAAACGUGCUGGACCUCCUCGUCCGCCAUAGCUAAAACUUGUGGCUAUAGACAAAACCACUUUAUACGCACAAGACUGUUAUUAUAUUUUUUGAAGGGGAGAAGAUGCUUAACAUACUUAA